ACAACUUCUGAAAAUAUUUUAAAACGAGAACAAAAGCGGCAAAAAGGGGAAACAAACGAAGAAAAACAGUGAAUUUGAAAUUUGGCGAGGGAAAAGAUUCGACGACGAGAUUCAGAAAUGGAACAAACUAUAACUCAAUUCGGUCAAACCCUAACAGCUUUCUGCAACCACAUCCAAACCAGCUGCGACGCUCUCAAGCUUUCUCUCGACCGCCGUCCCAUCCCUCUCGACUCGGCUUCGUCUACGUUCAUACAAUGUCUAAACCGCGGCGUUUCAGCCGCAAGCACCGAUCUAAACUUGCUUGAAUCAAUGUCCAUUGGUACGGUUUCUUUUGAGGAAUUAUUAGGUCAUUGCAAUGAACUUUACAAAAAGAACCAGGAUGAUCUCCUUCAACUUCAGGAUCAGCUUGUUAAAUCUUCUAGCUAUAGUCCUGAGAUUUAUGAUUAUGAUGAUGAAGAAGUUGAGGAAUAUGAUGAACCAACUUUUGCUGCUGCCGGUACUGUUAUUAGGAGUUUCGAAGACGAUGAUGAUCCUCUAAUGGAUGACUCAUUAAGGUUGAAAAACCUUGGCCUAUCUGAUGUCUGUCUUGCCGCUUUAGCAUCUGAAGCAAACAGUAAGAUUGAUGAUCCUGAUAUAUCAAUGAGAGAAUCAAUGAAUCAUUAUGGUGAUAAAGAUUAUAAUAUAAGGAGUCCCCGCCAAAUUUCUGGGAAUAUCCUUGGUGUAAAUGAAGGGGGAAAGGUGGAUGUUUUGAAGUCAGCUGAAGAUGCUAGGUCCUUUAUAGAAUUAUCAAAAAAUGAUUAUGAUGGUCUUCCUUCCUACAUGAAAACUCUUACAUCAUGGGAGGAUAUGGUAGCCGCUGUUGACAAAAUUAACUCUAGUUUGAGGGAAAAAGAGAACAUGAAGGAAUGCAACUUUUUCCACCAGGAUGAAAUUGCAUCCCUGGGAUUAGGGCCAAAAGUCAGAACAUAUUUGCUGCUUCUAAUGCGUAUGAAUCAGAUGGCUGUGGAGACUAUUGAUGGAUCGAUUUCUUACAAGAUAUUGCCCAGGAGAUGAAGGCUACCAUACACAUCAUCAUGGCAACUACUCUAAAAGCAUUCACAAUAAGUAUAGUAGAGGAUGUAAUAGUCUUUUAUCAUGUCCACCACUACUCUCCCAUAAUGAAAGAAAUUGUAAGAUUUACUAGCAUUAAACUGUAUUAUACCCAUGAAACAGUUUAAAAGAAUUGUAAUGGUCCUAAUAUCAUUUUUUUUAAUA